UGUAACGGAUUCCGUGCAUAUAAAACUUUAUCUAGCCUUCUCAUAUUUGCAUCAAUGAUGGGUCUACUGAAUAUUUUAAAGAAACUGCGUUCUAAUCCUGAAAAAGAACUUCGUCUCCUACUUCUUGGACUAGAUAACGCUGGUAAAACAACACUUCUAAAACAACUGGCUUCGGAAGACGUUGCUCAUGUAACACCUACUGCAGGUUUUAAUAUUAAAUCCGUCCUUUCCAACGGUUUCAAGUUAAAUGUAUGGGAUAUUGGCGGUCAGAGGAAAAUAAGACCUUACUGGAGGAAUUACUUUGAAAAUACAGACAUACUUAUCUAUGUAGUUGAUUGCUCUGACCAUCAAAGGUUGGAGGAAACCAGCCUGGAACUGGCAGAACUACUACAAGAUGACAAGUUGCGUGGUGUGCCCUUACUGGUGUACGCAAAUAAACAGGACUUGGCUACAGCUUUGCCAGCUAGUGAGGUGGCCACACUCCUCGGCCUGCAUUUGAUCAGAGAUCGGACUUGGCAAAUUCAGGCAUGCGUCGCAACUGAUGGUACCGGCGUAAAGGAGGGCAUGGAGUGGGUUUGCAAGAAUAUUCCGACUAAAAAGUAAUAUUUAAAUAAAUAUACCUACUUUAAGAAUAAAAUCAAAAAAAUAUCGUAACAAGAAAAUUAUCUAAUCAAAAUGGUCAUUGCUUCGACCAUUGGUUAAAUAAUAAACAAAUAGUUAAAUAAUAAAUUAACAAAUCACGAAUAUCUAUACUCACUAGGUAGCCUACCUAUGAUAUUAUUAAAGUUAAUAUAUUUCAUAUAACUUAUAAUUAUGAUGUUUAUAAAAUGACGACAAGGUUUAGAUAGAAGCAGGCGUUAGUUUGCGGAAAUCCAUGAUAUAUUAUGAA